AUGGCCGGCAACGGAAUCGGCCCCAUCGGCCGGGCGUGGCUCAGAUGGAAAUCGCUGCGUCUGCCCUGGCGCAAGCGUUUCCUCGUCGGCUUCGACCUCCAGGGCAACACGUACUGGGAGUUCCGCCUCGGCACCCGCGGCACCGGCGAGGCCUCGCCCAACGGCCUCGGCGAGGUCGAGCGCUGGCGCCGCAUCGUCAAGUACCCGCGCGCCACGCACCUCUCCGCCGUCAAGGUCAGCCCGCUCUGGCACCAGUGGCUCCGGUACACGCGCCGUGACCCCCCCAGCCUCGACGAGCAGCGCGGCGACGUCGUCCGCCAGGCCCGCAUGAGGCAGCUCGCCGCCGAGGCCGACGCCCGCUGGGCGGCCAAGCCCCGCGUCAUGGAGGACCCCCUGCCCGGCCAGGCGCUGCCGGAAGCCCGGCAGACGACGACGACGACGGCAGCACAGGCCGCUGCGCCGAAUCAGGAGUCGACGGCGACGCUGCGAGCCGAAUCGAAGCGAAGACGGAGGGAUGCACCGCGCGAUGACGAGGCGGGGGUGGAGGAAGAGCUUGAUCCGAAGGAUCCCUGGAAACAGGCCCGAAGAGGACCAAGCGAGGACUGGCAGCCCCAGGCCUGGAGCCCGAAUACCAAGAAAUGA